AAGGAAGUUUUGCCGGACUACUAUUUAGGUUGUGGAAGAACAUCUGACAGAAUAUCUCAUUUCACAUUGGUAAAAGAAAAAACAAGAGCCAGAGGGCUGCGUGUUAAGGAGAAUCUUUUUAAUAUUCUUGAACCGUUUGAGCUGCUGCUCUCUCGUGUCAAUUUUAAUCCAGGAGGAUGUCAAGAAUAAUUCCUGAGAAGAAGUUGGGUGCAGGACGUGUGGUUGCUGUGGCUGUUGAGAAUAACAAGACAAGCCAGCUUGCUGCAAAAUGGGCCGUCGAUAAUCUUGUUCCCAAAGAUCAAUGUAUCCUCCUACUCCAUGUCAGACCAAGGGCGUCUUCCAUCCCUACAACAACGGGAAGCCUUGUAACAAUCGAUUCGAACGAUGACGUGGCAAGAGCAUACAAGCAGCAAGUCGACCACGAAUCCAGGGAGCUUUUUGCGUCUUUCCGUGUUUUCUGCAAUAGAAAAAGCGUAAGCUGCAACGCAACGCCUUUCUCCAUGUUAUCUUUCAACAAUAGAUUCAAGGAAAGAAACACGGCCAAUAUAAGCCUUUUCAGUUUUCUCUCUCCCACUAAGUACUAUUUGCAACAGGUACAAUGUAAAGAAGUCUUAUUGGAAGACACGGACAUAGCAAAAGCAUUAAUAGAAUGUGUUUCUGCGCAUUCAGUUGAGCUUCUGGUACUUGGGGCACCAUCAAGGAGUGGUAUUGUAAGAAGAUUUAGGACAACCGAUGUUCCAAGCCUUGUGUCAAAGGGGGCACCGCCAUUCUGCACUGUGUAUGUCAUUUCUAAAGGAAGAAUCUCAUCUGUACGAGCAGCUUCUGCUCCAAUACCAGCCAAACCUACACCUCGUAACGCAUUGCAGCAACAGUCCACCCAGCGGCUAGAAACCCAACUCGCAACGCCGCGGUCAGCAGAGCGGUUAGCAUAUGGCGCCUGCCCCCUACCGGGUGAUGACGACAUCAAAUCACCAUUCACAAGAGGUGGCAGAUCAAGCUACAAACCGUACGAAUCCUCAAUCCCUGACUCUGAUAUAUCAUUUGUGAGCAGCGGAAGGCCAAGCAUCGAAAGGAUGCUUCCUUCGAUGUUUGAUGAUCUCGAACCCGGAAUGGCCCCUCGACUUUCCAACAGCUCAGAUUUUGAUGGCAGAAGCUCCGAGUCAUCUUUCUCAGGGGCCAGGUCAAUUGACAUGAACUAUUCCCAGGGUGACUUUUCAUUCAGCUCGCAAGACAGUGGGGGGUCAUCCUCAAGAUUGUCCCUAUCGGAUGAUAUGGAAGCCGAGAUGAGAAGAUUGAAGCUCGAACUGAAGCAAACGAUGGAAAUGUACAGCACAGCUUGCAAGGAAGCUCUUACAGCAAGGCAGAAGGCAAUGGAACUACAACGAUGGAAAUUAGAAGAGCAAAAGAAAUUAGAAGAGGCAAGGAUGUCUGAAGAAGCAGCAUUGGCACUUGCAGAGAGGGAGAAAGCAAAGUGUAGAGCUGCCAUUGAGGCAGCAGAAGCAUCCAAGAAAAUUGCGGAACUGGAGGCACAAAAAAGAUUGAAUGCAGAGAUGAAAGCCCUGAAAGAAUCUGAGCAGAAAAAGAAGACACCAGAUACUUUUUCACAAGGUAGUGCCAGGUACAGAAGAUAUACUAUUGAGGAAAUCGAAGAAGCAACAGAAUGUUUUGCGGACUCGCUCAAGAUCGGGGAAGGAGGGUAUGGGCCUGUAUAUAGGUGUGAACUAGAUCUCACGCCAGUUGCAGUGAAAGUUUUAAGGCCAGAUGCAGCUCAAGGAAGGUCACAGUUUCAGCAGGAGGUUGAAGUGUUGAGUUGCAUUCGUCAUCCAAACAUGGUUCUCCUCCUUGGAGCAUGCCCAGAGUAUGGGUGCCUUGUGUAUGAAUACAUGGCUAAUGGAAGUUUGGAGGACUGCCUCUUCCGGAAACGCCACUUGCCACCUCUUCCCUGGCAGUUAAGAUUUCGAAUAGCUGUAGAGAUCGCCACCGGCCUCCUUUUCCUUCAUCAGACAAGACCAGAACCACUAGUUCAUCGUGAUUUAAAACCUGCCAACAUUUUGCUUGACCGUAACUUUGUCAGCAAGAUUAGUGAUGUGGGAUUGGCCAGGCUUGUCCCUCCUUCAGUUGCAGACAGUGUAACUCAGUACCGCAUGACAUCAACUGCUGGAACUUUCUGUUAUAUUGACCCAGAGUACCAGCAAACUGGUAUGCUUGGAAUUAAAUCUGACAUUUACUCGCUGGGGAUCAUGCUCCUGCAAAUGAUAACAGCGAAGCCCCCGAUGGGUUUGACUCAUCAUGUUGGGCGAGCUAUAGAAAACGGGACUUUCACAGAGAUCCUUGACCCAGCUCUUGAAGACUGGCCAGUAGAGGAGGCCCUACAGUUUGCCAAGCUUGCUCUGCAGUGUGCGGAAAUGAGGAGGAAAGAUAGACCUGAUCUUAAAAAAGUCGUAUUACCUCAGCUCAAUAUAUUGAGGGACUUUGCCGAGGAUAACAUGCCGAUGAUGGUCAUGUUUGGACGCAGUACAGGAUUCGCCUCCAAUAACAGAAACAGCUCCACAACCUCCAAGGUUCAAGAUGUUUUGAAUGAUUCCCAGUCAAUUUCUGGAAUCUCCGUAUAUGAAAGCCGCUCAAGCACAUCCCCGUUGGGGAGAAUAUGAUUGUAUGGCAAUUUGGUAAAUUGCUGAUGAGUACUGACGAAUGUGUUUAAAGGCCAGCACUGGGAGACAAGUUAAGACAACGAAACUGGAUUGACCACAGCACGACAAUAGAGCAACGGGCAGCCACUUUUAGCCAUCUUUGAUGUUACUGUAACUUCGAAGAAAUCAAGAAGAGAUGUUCCAAAUUUCAUGGAUGUGCAAGAAACUAUGAUGGAUUCUGACGUUCAAUGUCAUCCAAGCUUCUAGUUAUUUAGCUUAAUUAAGGCUGAGAGAGGGACUGCGGUGGUUCAGAUAGCUGGUUGUUGCUAGGGAACUAGUGAAUGGCAGUAAUUAUGCUCCAUGGACAGCAUAACUCCGCAUUCCAGUUCAACAUUCUAUAAUUCCAAGUAUCAAUAUGGUUUUACUUCUUUUCUUAA